AACAACUGUCAACACCAUCCCCAAUCACCGUUGACCGUGAUUCCCGACUUCCCAUCCGACCAAACCUGCAAACCUGGGUCAUAUCUCCCAUUGGCUUCCAGAAUGGCUCUACCAGUGGUCAAGACCCUGACCGAGUGCAACAACUUCCAAACCACCGUACUUCCCUACCUUCCGCAACUGUACGACCUUCCUCAACAGCUUCUGCAGUCAUGGAACAACCCCACCGAGCUCCAGAAUAUCUAUCUCGCGACCAAUCCACUGAUCACCGCCGCUGCAUUUUGUUUGGCGCUUGCGCCUGUCUUCCUCCUCAUCUCUGAACUCAACAGGAAUUAUUCCCAGGUGGAUCGCAUGUGGUCCAUCCUGCCGACCAUCUACAACACGCAUUAUGUGGUUUACGCUCAUAUGUCUGGGUUGAGCACGGAGAGGUUGGAUAAUCUGAUUGCAUUUAGUGUGGUCUGGAGUGUACGUUUCCGCUGUCCACUAAAGCUCGGGAACCUGCGCUAACGGGUGCCAGUUGCGCUUGACAUUCAACUACUUGCGGAAAGGUGGAUAUAGCAUUGGGUCAGAGGAUUAUAGAUGGCAAGUACUUCAAAAAUUCUGAGAUCUCCGAGCUCUGCUAACCUUUGGUUUAGGGAGAUUUUGAGAAAAUAUAUAAGCCCUCCUCUAUUUUUCGUCUUCAAUGUCACCUUCAUAUCCCUGGCACAGAGUAUUCUGCUCUUCCUCAUAACGACACCCACCUAUGUUCUCCUCCUGGCCUCCCGUUUUGGCAACGAGAUGGUUUCUUCAGAUCUCGUAUUCUCAAGGGUCUUGAUGGGAUUGGUACUGGUGGAAUUCUUCGCAGAUCAGCAACAGUGGAGUAAGUAAUAUUCGUAGUGCACAUAUUGAAUAAUGACUAAAACAUACCACAGACUAUCAAAAAGCAAAAACAGAGUACCUCAAAAUUGCCAAAGUUCCAUACACAUACGAACAAGAAGACCUUGAUCGUGGAUUCGUGGUGACUGGUCUUUGGUCUUGGUCUCGUCACCCAAAUUUCGCUGCAGAACAAGCCAUUUGGGUUGUUCUCUAUCAAUGGGGAUGCUGGACCACUCACGUACUCUAUAAUUGGACCUUCGCUGGAGCCAUGUGUUAUCUCAUUCUCUUUCAAGCUUCAACUUGGUUCACAGAACUGAUCACUGCCCGAAAAUACCCUGAAUAUGAAGAAUAUCAACGACGGGUGGGCAAAUUUAUUCCCAAACUUUCAACAGAUCUUCCUGGGGAUUUCAGUGAGCAAAAAGCUAAGCCCAAGUUGGAUUCAGAGAAGUCCACUGCCGUUAAGGGUAGGAGUGGUACUAAGAAAAGCAAGAAGUGAACGUCUUCUGAAAAAAGAAGGAUGGUAUUAAUGAAGGUUUGAACCUGAUAGAUUUUGCAAUAUUAUAGUAAUAACAAUAUUUACUUUAGCGAUAACACUAUACUCUUAGUGAGUGACUGCCUGAACACGGUAUAUAGUUGAUUUCUGGUGUCACUUGUUCUAAACCCAAUAGUAAGUACUCU